AUGUCCAAAACUUUCAGCAAGGAAGACGUUGCUUCUCACAGUAAGGGGGAUAGUUUGUGGAUUAUUGUCGAUGAGGACGUUUACGAUGUCACUAAUUUUCAGGAUGAACACCCUGGCGGGAAGAAAAUCCUCCAGCGAGUCGCAGGCAAAGAUGCCUCAAAGCAGUUCUGGAAAUACCAUAACGAGGGAAUUUUGAAGAAGUAUAAGGCGCAGCUGCAGGUCGGCUCGUUGAACACCAAGAAAGCCGCGGCGCCUGCACCGGCUCCCGCCGCCCCUCCCAAGAAAUCUGUCGCUCCAGUUGCGCAAACAACCUCGACAGACCGCCAGCCUGCAGCAACGGCUGAGCCCUUGGAUCCGUUUGGUGAUCUUAUCCCCUUCGCGGAUCCGAGCUGGUACCAGGGUUACUCCUCCCCUUACCAUAAUGAUUCCCACGUGGCUCUUCGAGAAGAAGUUCGGGAAUGGGUCGAUACGGAGAUCGAGCCCUACGUCACGGAAUGGGACGAGGGCAAGCAGGUUCCAGACACCAUCUACAAGCAAAUGGGUGAACGCGGUUACCUGGCCGGCCUUUUGGGUGUCAAGUAUCCUGAAAAAUACACCCCCAACCGAGUCAAGUCUGUGUCGCCGGAACGCUGGGAUCUGUUCCAUGAGAUGCUUCUGACUGACGAGCUGUCGCGCGCCGGCAGCGGCGGUCUUGUCUGGAACCUCAUCGGUGGCUUCGGCAUCGGCUGUCCGCCUCUCGUCAAGUUCGGUAAGAAGGAGCUGGUAGAUCGAAUCCUGCCGGGGAUUCUGGCGGGUGACAAGCGCAUCUGCUUGGCUAUUACCGAACCUGAUGCAGGCAGUGACGUUGCCAACCUCGGCUGUGAGGCAAAGCUCUCGGAGGAUGGUAAGCACUACAUCGUCAACGGCGAGAAGAAGUGGAUCACCAACGGUAUCUGGUCUGAUUACUUCACCACUGCCGUGCGGACUGGCAAGCCUGGCAUGGAGGGCCUCAGUGUGCUACUGAUUGAGCGCGAGGCUGGUGGUGUCAGCACUCGCCGUAUGGAUUGUCAGGGCGUCUGGAGCAGUGGCACUACCUAUGUCACCUUUGAGGACGUCAAGGUCCCUGUGGAGAACCUUAUUGGCAAAGAGAAUCAGGGCUUCAAGGUGAUCAUGACCAACUUCAACCACGAAAGAAUUGGCAUUGUCAUCCAGUGCGUCCGAUUUGCGCGCGUUUGUUACGAGGAGUCAAUGAAAUACGCCCACAAGCGUCGCACCUUUGGCAAGAAACUCAUCGAUCACCCAGUGAUUCGCAUGAAGUUGGCUCACAUGGCCCGUCAGAUCGAGGCUACCUACAACUGGCUCGAGAACAUUAUCUUCCAAUGUCAGUGCAUGGAGGAGACGGAGGCCAUGCUCAAGUUGGGCGGUGCCAUCGCCGGUUUGAAAGCCCAGUCGACCCAGGUCUUUGAGUUCUGUGCCCGAGAGGCCAGUCAAAUUUUCGGCGGCUUGAGUUACAGCCGCGGGGGUCAGGGUGGCAAGAUCGAGCGGCUGUACCGGGACGUGCGCGCCUAUGCGAUCCCUGGUGGAAGCGAGGAAAUUAUGCUUGAUUUGAGCAUGCGCCAGAGUCUCCGCGUACACCAGAUGUUUGGCAUGAAGCUCUAA